CCUGUCAUCAUCCAGCAUCACAUCUUCUCACUAUGACUCAUCAUCAUCCAUCAUUAUUCCUACCCACUAUAACCCCUCUAGGGGGAAGACGAGAGUGGGGAAGGUGGGCGUGGGAUGAUGAUACGUGACAAAAUUACACAAAAUUACACAAUGUUACACUAAUAUUCAAUAUUUAUUAGAAAUUGUCAAGCAAAUACUAAGUAACACAUCUUCUUACUAAAUUCUAUCAUAUGGAGGUAUUUCCUCAUUACUAGUUUUUCGAGUAUUUUAGCUUUGAAUAUGUCCGAGAAAACACAAAAUCACGCAUCGAAAAUUCCAUUUUGGGCACAAAAAUCACAUUGCUACUUUUGCGUCCUCACCACUAAAAAAAUAGGUUGCACCUUGACAAUUAGGCGUAUUCAAUCAACAGCCGCCAUCAGUCAUCGACGCGUCUCCAGCCUCCACUCCCCCACCGAUGUCUCGGCCAGACCUGAGUUAUUGACGUGCAAAGAUGUCGUCUGACGAGGCAGCUGAAGUUGAUGCUGGCGGCGAGCGCGUCAGCCAUGAUGACAAUAGUGACGGUGACGUGCCUGAACCUUCCCGUGGAAGAAAACGCACCAGGAAUCCAGCAGUGUGGAAAAAAAAUGUUGCAAAACACAAGAGAAAUGUUGGUGAGGCUUACAUCAGUGUGAAAACAAACAGACAUGUAGCAGCCCGUGCUAUUGGCCCUCCUUGUGCUGACGGGUGUUUUGACAGGGUAGGACGUGAAGGAAUUCGAGCCAUAUUUGAAGCUUUUUGGGCACUACUAUUAGGAGAUUAUGAACUCCAAAACGCCUAUAUUCAAAAACUGGUGAAGACUGUGCCCAUCAAGCGAAAGCGUACACUGGCAGAAGUCAGCAGGCGUAGCCAUACUUUUCUCUACAGUGUGAUGAUUAACGGUGCCUCACAUAGUGUUUGCAAAAGAGGAUUUGCCAGUAUGCAUGGCCUUAGUCUUAGCCGUGUUGAAAGUGCAAGCAAGAAAAUGACGUUGACCGGAACCCUAAUUGCAGAUAAACGCGGAAGGCGAGUUCCUCAAAACAAAAUUGUGGGGAUGCAGGCGGAUCGAGUCAGAGAACACAUCAAACUUUUGCCUGCCAUGUCGUGCCACUACAGUCGCUUCAAGGCUCCACACCGUCGCUACCUAGACUCGUCCCUUACCAUCAAGAAACUCUAUGAUUCAUACGUAGAAUGGAUGGAAAAGGAACACAGUAAUGAACCGUUUGUCACCUUCAGCUACUACAGUGAUGUCUUCACCAAGGAAUUCAACAUUUGCUUUGCACCUCCUGAUUCUGACACCUGUACCACUUGUGAUACUUUGAAUGCUGCAAUUAAGAAUGAUGCUGAAAACCUGGAGAAGGUAGCAGAACAUCAAAUGAAUUUACAGGCACACAAGGCAGAAGCAGACGAAGCACAGAACCUUAUGAAAAUAUGGAAAAAUAAUGAUGAUGAUGAUGUUCGUGCAGUUGCUGUAGACCUCCAACAAACUCUCCCAACACCUCGCUUGUCAGCUGGAAUCUCUUACUACAAACGAUCCACCGGCCCGCAGCAGGUCGCGCUCCGCCUCCGGCCUCUCCAACGUGAUCCGAGGCUCUCCCGCCGCCGGCAAGUUCGAGCCCUCGCCCGCGCCACCUUGCCUCGGCCCAUCCGCAGACUCGCCAGCAGCCCAGCCCCCUCCACGCAGGUGUCGCCCUCCUCGCCGUGGUACCUCGCCACUCCCUGCCCAGCCCCAGCCAGCCAUUCCAACGCCGCCCCUAUGCUGUCUCACCUUCGCCGCGUGGACGCCACAAAGAAGCCUCUGCAGCAACCAUACGAUGGCCCCUUCACCGUCAUCAAGAGGACGCGGAAGAACAUCACAAUCGACCGCCACGGCAAAUCCGAUGUCAUCGCCAUCGACCGGGUCAAGCCCGCGUACCUCCUGCAGCCGGAUCCUCCACGCACCAACACCGUGUCAGUGUCCCCCACUCCAGUGAUUGCAGACAAACUCCAGUGCCACAGACAAAAACACAAGUCUACUCUCCACGCUCUCUGUCCAUAUCGCGGCGUUCCCAUGGUCUCGGCAUCUGCGGGCCUCUCAGAACGUGGCUCCUGUACUCCCUCCGGUAAGGUGGCCUCUCACUACCCUCCGACGAUCCUCGUGCGGUUCAACCGCUUAGGUGACGACAGCACUAACAUGUCGCCUGCAACCCUCGACACCGUAAUAUACCUAACAAGUGACAAUGACGACACAACACUAAUGUGUCGCCUGCAACACUCGACACCACAACCACCCAAUACAGCACUACUGUGUCGCCUGCAACACUCGACACAGUAA